AUGCAUCAACCUAAUAUAAUGAUUAUAAAUGGAGGUGAUAGAGAUGGUUCAUGUGCACGACUAAAAACAGAGCAGUACGAGAUACGAGGCGCUCGAGUAAAACCUUAUCGGACACAUGCAAUUCGCGGAGGAAGAGAUAUACAUCGAAGCCAAGGCAGCGAUGUUUCGCAGACCUUUGGAAGAUCAGCGAUGACGCCUAAUCUGUGGCCAUCGUCAGCUCAACUACAGCGGUCACCUCAUCCAGUAUCUCAGUUUCCGUCAAAUCCUGUGCAGUCACAGCAAUCAUUCCAAGUUAGUGGAGUUGUUAAACGCGGACAUCAGCCGAGGAUGCGUAAGAGAAUGCGUGGCGUGAGCUUGGCUCUCAAUCAAGAUCCAAUUGAUUCGUUCGAAAGGGCCGUUGCUGGUGAUGAAUUUGACAACCGCUCACCAGUAGAACCUAUCCGAGUGAUAAAGGUUGAAAGUGCUGAAGUGCUCGAACCCGUUGGCCCAACGGCCAAUACUGAAAACAAUCAAAUGAAAACGCGAAAAAUCAUUGAAAGCCUAACACGACACAUGAAACAAAUAGCAAGGCCAAAAGUGAUUUCUCUCUCCAACAGGGAUGAGAUCAUCAACGGCCAAGUAAUAUCACAACCAGAUAUAAAAAUUACUAAGGUAGAGACCACCAAGGAGACAGCGGAAGUUGCGGAGGAUCUAUCCAGCAAAGAAAUCGCCAGCGGAAUUGUAGACAACCUACUUAAUGAUAAUGCUUUCGCUAAUAAUGCAUCAAUGCUGCUUCGAGUGUUGACAAAUCAGGAACAAACGUCAACUGGAGCAAGUGAAACCAACAUGACCACCUUGACUACUUUGAUGGCGAGAGAGUUCAUAGCUUCAACCUCAGUACCAUCAAAAAAAGCGGGAAAUAGCACCAAAGACCGUUUCAACAGUAUCGAGGAAAGUCUGAAACCUAUAGGUUCCGAAAUGGAUGACUACAAUCUGGAUGAUGAUGAUGACCUUCCCAAUGCUGUAGCUAGAAGUACUGUGACUGGAAGAGGACCAAUGCCACCCUCUGCAACACCACCAAUAAUGACAAUCCCACUAGGAAUGACAAUGUCCGGUACGGUGCCUACCACGCUCGCAAGUACUACACAGACAACACAAGGGAUGGUGUUAGUAGCUACAGUAUCCGUUACCCCGUCAACGACAACGCAGACAACUGCCACGACUGCGAGCCAGGCAUCGACAAGUAUUAAAACUACUACACGAAGACGACGCAUUUUGGUUGGAGCCGAUCCGGAAGUUGAUGAUGGCGAUUUCGGAGAUGAUGAAGAGAAUGAAGAAUUCGAAUCAGCUCUAGCUGUGAUGCGCAGUGUUAGAACAACUCGUUUUGAAGCGACUAGCAUGCCCACGACCACCAUAUCAGCAACUAAAUCAAGCGAAGAAGAAUCUUCUGAGGAAGAAGAUGCAGUGAAGACGACAACUCGUGCAUCAGUCGCUGUAGCCGAGGAUGAAGAGAUGGAGCCAACCACUUUAUCCUCCAACGAUGCUUUUCGUGCGGCUAUCAAAGCGCAGCGAGAGGAAGCAUUGAGAAUGAGAAAAGCUCAAGGAGGUAAUGAAGAAGAGAAUCCAUCUACGGAACUUACUGAACUCAACUCGGAUACGAUCAAAACAAUUGAAAGAGAGAUGAAGGCAAAAAGACGUCUGGAAAGAUUGAUGGCGAAGAAGACAGAUGAUGACAACAAAGAAGGGAAAGCAGUGAAGGGUGAGAAAGGCAAGAAAAAAGUGAAGAAGAUCAAAACAACUAAAGUGGUAGUCUCCACUAAUGAAGAAGCUGAUACUACAACAACUAAAAGUUCCCAAAAACAAGAUGUAGAAGAUGAAGAAACACGAGAAGAGGAGAAGCCUGAAACUAAAUUGAAAAUGAAACUAGUGAAGAAAAUAGAAGAGGAAGUGGCAGAGAGCCUUGAUGAAGAACCGAGAGGAGCAGGAGCACAGCUGGUCACUGAUAUACCCGAGGAGAAACCUGUUCUGCAGACUGUAGUGAAACAUACGAAGAAGACUGUAGUGAGCAUCAAAAAGCCAAACAAGGGAAAAUCCGACAGCAAGGAAGAGCUAAAAGCAGAGGAGGAAGAUGAGGAGAUGAAAGAAGAUGAAGAGGAAGAGAUUGCAGCAGAGGAAGAGGUGCAAAACAACACAGCGGCAUCAGCAGUGGAGGAAGUGGUGGAUAUGGUCGAGACAAGUACAGCGGGGACUAGGAAGAAGAUAAAGACUACUAAAGGAAAGAAAUCGAAGACGAAGACUGAUGGCGAACAGGCAAUCGAAGACAAAAAUUUGGAAGGUGGUGAAAUCCUGCCUAUGAACGCUUCCUUCAAAAUAGGAGGGGAAGACACCAAUAUACGUACAGACAAAAUCAUGGCUAGCUUGAGAGACGCUCCAAAUGCCAAGUACUACUAUCCGCCUAAAGUCAUGGUUCCUCUACCAACGUGCUUCUAUAACCCAUCCGGCUAUGUCUGUUGCAAUCUGCAGCUGAACAAUUUGAUAGAAGACACUUUUGAAGAAAUCAAAGCCGUGCAGGGGUUUAGUGCUUGUAAUAUAGCAAAAAUGGCAAACAUUAUGCAGCAAAAAAGCGAACAGAUGUUUGGGCACCCAUUCGAAAGCAUUGUUGCAUUGUCGGAUUUUGCCCAAAAUGUGCAUUUUGCAGGGGAUUUGGUCUGUAAGGUGGAGAUCGAUGGAAAAUACAUGCUCACCUAUGCGACGCCAUACGAUGCUGAUCAUGCAGUUGAAGGCGUCGAGAUUUCUGAAACUCCAGCGCCAAUAAUGGAAGAUGAAGAAGGAGUUGAGAGUAGAGGACGAAAUGUGAGCACACUUUCUAUGAAAAUAGAUAAUGUCUUCCGUUAUCAUGUUCUAAUAAUGAAAUGUAAUAAACAUACCCAAAUAACUGAUAGACCACCUGCUUCUGCGAAACCCAUCACUGAUGCCUACGACUAUCGACAAAGCAUCAUGAGUCGGCCUUACUGA